AUGCCACUACAGCAAUUUGGCCUUCUCACUGAUGGCACACGUGCUAGCCGACCAUGCAGCUGAGGGGCAAUACCAGCGCUGGAUCUCGGAGAACAUCCUGGACCGCUUGGGCAUGGAGGACACUGGCUUCGACAUCACGCCACCCAUCCGCUCCCAGAUGGCCGUGGGUUUGCAGCCAGCCCCUCUCUAUGACCUCGGCUGGUACAGGCCUUCUGGCCAGAUGUACUCCACAGCUGCCGACCUUGCCAAGCUGGCAAUGGUCUUCUUAGGCACCUACCACCGUCGUCUCCUAGAGCCUGACACAGUGAAGACGAUGCUGACCCCUCUGUUUAAGUGCUCCACUGAAUACUUUGCUAACAAGACCGGCACACCCUGGGAGAUUAACGAGCAAUUGGGAUAUGAUGUCAUUAGGAAAGACGGAGACCUCGACGGUUAUUCAGCUACCUUCUCUCUUAUCCCCGAGCUCCGCCUGAGCUUCAUUGUGCUGAUGGCGGGGCCCAGGCCUCAGGGUGGAGAUAUUGUGACUCAGACAUAUGAGUAUCUUAUUCCUGCCAUGGAGACGGCGUUCAGAGAGGCAGAGAAAAGCUUGAUACCUGCUCCAAGUCCAGGCCCUUAUGUUGGCUACUAUACCUAUUCCAACCUGACUUUCUAUGAGAUCAAAGUUGGACCUGGUGGGGUGCUGGUCAUGCAGCAGUUUGGGCCUCACGUGGAAGAGCUGAUUCCUGAAAAGUACCGGACAAUCAAGCUCCACCACCUGGAGGAUCGUGUUUUCCAAGUCGUUUUUGACAAGGAGUUCCCAUGUGUUCUGCACCUGGGCUCUGCCUCCAUCUCACUGGAGACCCAAAACGGGCAGCUCUUUAACUUUUACCCAUUCGAUCGCAAGGGUUUGUCUCCUGGCUUUGAUGCACCAGGGCUGAACACAUACAAUGUGGUGCGUGUACUUCGUAAACCUGUAUUCUAUAGCUAA